AUGUACCUUGGGGCAUACUCAGCUGUAAUCGACAACAGCAAUAUCCCCGACCUUUCUCUAGACGAAAUUGUUGAUCGAAAUUACAUAUUUACUGCUCGUGUAUUUGUCUUGGAAGUUAUCAGGUACAAUUUGCGUGUGAUGGACGAGGUUGAUUCAGCAGCCACAAUUGAUCUUCAGGCCGUCAAACUGCUUGCAUUGUAUUUUUCGAGCACACCAAACAAGGAAAUGACAAUUUCGAGAAUCUUUGAAUGGCAAGGAGAUCCAUCCAAAAGAGACAAUUCCACCUUUCAUUUGAUUGCAGGGAUAAUAUUCUUGAAUGAGCGGAAUUACAAUGAGGCGUUAAAGUUUACAGGAACUGGGGGAUCAAUGGAACUCCUGAAACAGGGUGUAAAGGAUCCAGGAAUGAGUCAAAAUCUGGAUGAAUGCAGACGUCAGCUCGGAAAACCAUCAUAG